ACAAAUCUUAUAUACAAAAUGGUUGCUAUUAUCUCCAAGAAGAGAAAGAUCGUCGCUGACGGUGUUUUCUACGCUGAAUUGAACGAAUUCUUCACCCGUGAAUUGGCCGAGGAAGGUUACGCUGGUGUUGAGGUCAGAGUCACUUCUACCAAGACUGAAGUUAUUAUCAGAGCCACCCACACCCAGGCUGUCUUGGGUGAGAACGGUCGCCGUAUCCACGAGUUGACUUCGUUGGUCCAGAAGAGAUUCAAGUUCCAGCCAGGUACCAUUGUCUUGUACGCCGAAAGAGUCCAGGACAGAGGUUUGUCCGCUGUCGCCCAGUGUGAAUCCUUGAGAUACAAGUUGCUCAAUGGUUUGGCCAUCAGACGUGCCGCUUACGGUGUCGUUAGAUUCGUCAUGGAAGCCGGUGCCAAGGGUGUUGAAGUCGUUAUCUCCGGUAAGCUCAGAGCCGCCCGUGCCAAGUCUAUGAAGUUCGCCGACGGUUUCAUGAUCCACUCCGGUCAGCCAGCCAUCGAUUUCAUUGACACCGCCACCAGACACGUCUUGUUGAAGCAGGGUGUUUUGGGGAUCAAGGUCAAGAUUAUGAGAGACCCAGAAACCGCCAGAACCGGCCCAAGAGCCUUGCCAGAUUUGGUCAAGGUUUUGGAACCAAAGGAGGAAUCCGCUGUUCCAGCUCCAUUCGUCAAGAACCACAAGGUUGUUGCCGAGCCAGUUGUUGCUGAAGAAGAAGCUCCAGUUGCCGCUGACGCUUAAAUUUUAUCGUUUCUCUGAAUUAUAUAACGUGCUACGG